CAAAGCAGGUAUAAAGGGAUUUCACAUCAGUUAAGGGGCAUCACAAGCAUCAAAAUCUACCAGAUUCUUCUUGCUGCACCUGUUCCAGUGAGAUGAAGACCCAAAAGCCUCUUCACGUGGCCACUCCAGUGAGGCAGAGCCUCGCUCUGACCAAGCUGGCUGGGACCUCUGUGUAUAUCAAGCUGGAGUCCUCUCAGCCAACAGGAUCCUUCAAGAUCAGAGGCAUUGGUCACUUUUGCAAAACUUGGGCGGAGCGAGGAUGUGAGCGAUUUGUCUGCUCUUCGGGAGGAAAUGCAGGUAUGGCAGCUGCUUACUCGGCACGCCAACUUGGGGUCCCUGCUACCAUAGUAGUUCCAAGUGUCACACCAGACUCAACUGUGGAGAGGCUGAAGGACGAAGGAGCAACGGUUAUUAUUAGUGGAAAGGAUAUGAAUGAAAGUAUUGACUUUGGAAUGCAACUUGUAGCAAACAACCCAGGUUGGAUCUUCAUCUCCCCCUUUGAUGACCCUCUCAUCUGGGAAGGCCACUCGUCUCUGGUGAUGGAAUUGGCGGUUGACCUCGAGGAGAAGCCUGGGGCAAUCGUCGUGUCAGUGGGAGGCGGAGGUCUGCUGAAUGGAGUGGUGGAGGGGCUGCGUCGCGUCAACUGGGCUGAUGUCCCCAUUGUAGCCGUAGAAACAUAUGGAGCACACUCCCUCAAUGCUGCCAUGAAGGCUGGGAAACCUGUGACCUUACCUGCGAUUACAAGUGUUGCCACCACGCUGGGUAUUUUCAGGGUGUCUGCACAGACUAUGAAACUGGUGGGCGAGCACACAGUCUUCUCUGAGGUCGUCUCAGACCAAGAGGCUGUGAGAGCCGUAGAUCACUUUGUAGAUGAUGAGAAGAUCCUGGUGGAGCCGGCCUGCGGUGCUGCCCUGUCAGCCGUGUACAGCCACAUCAUCAGAAAGCUGCAGAGCGAGGGCAAGCUGGCGGAGGAGCUGGGUCCAGUGGUGGUUGUGGUGUGCGGCGGCAACAACAUCAGCAUGGAAGUGUUGAGCAAGCUGAAGAAAAAACUUGGAAUGAUGUAACUGGAUCUUUCCGACCCUUUUUUCCUCUCUCUAUUGAUGUGCUCCGGAGAUUAUUCUGAACCCAACUCAGUAUAUGCACUGACACCGAUGAACACUGCUAGAAAAAUGUUUUAUUUAAAAAAUAAUGUGGAAAAAGAAGAGUGAUGGUAAAUUAAGUUGGUAUGAAUCUGAGAAAUGUCAAAUUAAACCAGUUGAUUUUGUAUUUUGUUUUUGAUCUUAAUCAGCCAGCUUAGUAAAAAUGCUAUAUCAGUGAUUUCCAGUUUUCAUAUUUUCUGCAUUUAAAAAUAUCAAUAAAUUAUAGUUGUCUUCCUUUAA